AUGCGGCUCGUACCGGGCCAAGUGUUGGCCACCAGGGGGCAGCCGAGGACCUCGGCGUCCUCGUUGCGGUGGCAACCGUCCCCCUCAGGCCAGGGAGGCAGAAGCAGCAAGAUGGCGCUGAGGCCCUGGAGCCCCUCGGUGCGACCUGCCUCCGUGUCCACCAGCCUCUCUCUGGAGCUGUGCACCUUCCCCAACACCCUUGGCUCCUCGGUGGCGGCCGCCGCGCUAGAGCAGCUUCUGGUUGUGGAACAAUCUCUGCAAAGUGACUAUUUUAAAUGCAAUGAAGAAGCUAGGAUCUUUCUUAAGGACAUUGCUGUAGCUGUUAAGAAAUUGGAAGAAAUGAGAAAAAACACGAUUGACCUUUUGGAAAUUGAAAGCAUGGAAAUGAGCAGGCUCUACUUCCUGCUGGAGACCGUGCCCCCUGGCAUUAACGUGGAGGUGGAAGAAUGUGUCAGAAGUGCUCGUAAAUUAAAUCGCAUGGAGAUAAAACAGAUGCAAAGGAAGAUUUCAAAGCUAGACAAUGAAGUAAAGUUAUUAAAGAAGACACUAAUUGAUCUGGACAAUAUUAAUGAAGUUCUACAUGAAAAGCAAGAAGAGCUGGCAAAGCAGCAUGCAAAGUCUGUCCUGUUGCUCAACCGCAUAAUGGAAGAAAAAGCCAGUGCCACCAUUUGUAUAAAUGAAGUCUAUACCCUCAUCAACUUGAAGAAACAGGAAAUAGAACUGCUGAAGAAGUCUACACGAGAGGCACAGGAGCUGAUGGAAAAACACAGAGAAGAACUUUUGAUGAGAAAACAGCAACUGACUGCACAGAUUAAUGAGUUAAAAAGCAUCUCUGAACUUAAAAAAAAGGAGACUUACACAAAGAAGAAAGAAUUGGAUCGAUUAAGAAACAAAUUAUCAAAAAUGAAACAAACAGUUACUAGCAGCACAGUGGUUCUUAGUGAUCACAAUUUAGAGAUGUCACAACUACUGAAAUCAAUAAAGGAAUGGGAAGAAGAGGUAGAAAAUAUGAAGAAAGUUUGUGAGACUCUGAAGAAUAAAAUGAAUUUUUUUGCAAGUCACAAGGAAAAGCUGGAUGAUGUAUCUCAUACUGAAAAAAAUGAAUUCCUGCUUAAGAUAAAAGAGAUGGCUGAAAAUCUAUUCAAACUUCAGUUCGAGAACAAAGAACUACGAGAGAAACUGAAUACAAUUAUCAGACAAUACAAGAUUAUCUUAAAUGAAGAGGAAAAUGUUUUUAUGCAACAACAGAAGAUCUCUACUGAAAACCAGAAACAAAUAGAAUAUAUUACUCAGAAAGAAAACCUCCUAUCACAAAGAAAAGUAGACAUCAAAAAUAUGGAAGAAGGACUCAUUACACUCCAGGAACUUCAUCGAGGAACCUUGGAAGUAUAUCGAAAACAAAUAAAAAUUCUGAGUGAUAACUUGGAAAGAGAAAGUCAGAGAUGUGCUAUAACUCAGUGGAAAAUCGCUUGUGCAAAAAAAAAGCAUGCACGUUGGAAAGCUCAGAUAAAGACUGAAAUAAAACUUAUUAAUAAAAUUGAGAAUGCAGAACAGAAACGAAUUGAACUAUUUCAAGAGACCACUCUUAGAGAAAAGGAGAUCAACGAAUUUGUGGCACAGAUUGAAAAAAUUGCAGUAGAAUUGAAAGAAGAAAAGGAGAAAUUUGUUGUCAAAGAAAAAAAGUUAACAGAGUUAACCAAGUAUGAGGAUUUAAUUAUUCAAGAAAUAAAAAUUAGCCAAGAAAAAGAAGAGGAACUAGUUGAUAGUCUUCCACAGCUUCAGGUAGCAGAAGAAAAGCAUUCAGAAAUAUCUAGAAGAUUGAAAGAGUUCAAUAUCAUUCUUAAAACACAAAAGCAGGAAGAGCAAUUAUUGAGCAAUAACAUUUCUGUCUUUACAAGGGACAUUACAAGAUACCUUGAUAACACGGAGACAGUUAAAGAAGAAUUAAAACAGUUACGAGAUACAGAAAGCAAGAAAACCAAAAUUUAUUUCGAAGUUCUAAAGAACUUAGAAUAUGAAAUCUAUAAAGAUGACCAAAAAGUAAGCUUUUUUAUUCUGGAAAACAAAAGACUAAAAGAAUAUCUUUCCAAGUUGAAAGCCAAGGUAGAGACAUAUAAAAAAGGAAAAGAAGUCAUUCUGCAGCACUCAGGUGACCUGUCCUGGCAACUGUUAAUUCAGCAUGCACGAUAUACAGAUUUGUGGGGAGAAUUUCAGGCCACAAUUCAGGACUUGGCGUGUAAUGGUGACGAGGUCUUGAAGGAAAUAAGAGAUCUAGUAAGCAAGCUGCGGGAAAGGGAUGAAAAUAUCGAAAGCAUCAGCACUUGGCUACAAGGGAAUCUUGAAGAGCUGCGUUUCCUUAUGAAUCAGGAAUCACCAACAGACCUUCUUCAGAAGCAACAGCUUACCACAUUGGAAAAGAAGAAACAAAGGCACACCAAAUGUGUCUAUUUCUCAGAAAUUAAAUGUACUAGGAAAAAAGUCCCCAAAAAAGAACAAAAUAACUCAAGAAUACGACUGCUUUGAAUUCAAAAGGUAUAAACA